UUGGCCGAAGGAGUUCGUAAAGUUCUAAUGGCGGAUUCUCGCUGAAAAUGUGAAAUGCGUUUUGUUUUUGUUUAUUUCCGGAUUAAUCUGAGUUUAUAAAUGCAUUUAAUGUGAGCAGUUCCGCCUCUGAAAUGGCGACAUUAGUUUUGGAUAACGGAGCGUACACGGCGAAGAUCGGAUACAGCCAGGAGAAAGUCAGCGUCAUCCCAAACUGCCAGUUUCGCUCAAAGACGUCCAGGUUAAAAACCUUCACUGCAAACCAGCUGGAUGAGAUCAAAGAUCCUUCGGGGCUCUUCUACAUCCUCCCCUUCCAGAAGGGUUACCUGGUGAACUGGGACGUCCAGAGGAAGGUGUGGGACCACCUGUUUGGAAAGGAGAUGUUUAAGGUGGAUUUUGCAGACACGAGCGUCGUCAUCACCGAGCCCUACUUCAACUUCACCUCCAUUCAAGAGUCCAUGAACGAGAUCCUGUUUGAGGAGUACCAGUUCCAGUCGGCACUCAGGAUCAACGUUCCUGUUUGUUUUUACAGUCAGCUGCACGUAAUGGACGAGACUCACGUGAUCAACCAGGUGAAGGAGGACGUGUGCUACGUCUCGCAGCAGUUCUACAAGGACAUGGAGAUCGCCCAGGCCAAGGGCGAGGAGAACACGGUGAUGAGGGAUUACGUGCUUCCAGAUUUCAGCUCCAUUAAGAAAGGCUUCUGCAAGCCCCGUGAGGAGAUGGUCUUCAGUGGGAAGUACAAAACAGGAGAGCAGAUCCUGAGGCUGGCCAACGAGCGCUUCGCCGUCCCCGAGAUGCUCUUCCACCCGUCCGACAUCGGGAUCCAGGAGAUGGGAAUCCCAGUGUCGGGUCCGGUCUUCUUCAGCAGGUCCGUGUCUGAGAAGUUACUGCAGACUCACGUCACGCCGCCUCUGGACGGCUGCACUUACCUGGGGCUGGACUCUGGAGCUCCGCCCCUCCAGAACGAGGACGUGUUGAGCGAAGGAGGUCGGGUGAUCAAUAGCGUUUUGGAGGGAGCCGUUUCCGUGGCUGCAGGAGCAGUGGUGCAACACUGCCACCUACAGGGUCCUCUGGACGUCCCAACAGGCUGUCUGCUGUCGGGUCUCGCGCUGUCGACCUCACCAAGUGUCCGGCUCCUCCCUCUCAGCAGUGACAUCAUCAUCCAGGGACAUCGCAUUGAGCUGGGGGAGCUGCAGCUGUACGUCUACACGGUGAUGGGAGCGCACGACGACCUGGAGAUCUCCUCUGACGACAGCAGCGCUUCCUUCCUCAACCAGACGUGGAACAACUUCUACAGCAGGACGGGAAUACAGUCGGAGGAGCUGUGGGUUCGAGGAGAACGGCGCUCCCUCCUGGAGGCUCGCCUCUUCCCAGUCCUCCACCCCAGAGGAGGUGCUGUGGGUCUAGAGGGAGGCGUGACCUGGCUGCUGGGGGGAGGCGGCUGCCUGGGAGAAUGGAGGGAGGCGUGGAGGCUUUCUUUGAAGGAGGUGCUGUUGCUCACCCACCAGGAGACGGAGCUACAGCGAAGGGAGGAGCUGCUGUUCCUGGUGGGAAGGCGGCGUGUGGCCGACGCCCUGAGGGGGCGCUCGGACGUCUGCCUGCUGCCUUGCUUCAGGGCCGCUGUGCUGGGAGGCCAGCAGGGGGCGCUGCUGGAAGCUCUGGACAGCAUCGCUGCAGGGAGCAAUGAGCAGGGGGCGGAGCUCGGAGCAGAUCUGGGCGUGGCUGCCCGCUGUCUCUCCUGCAUCGCGGACGUGUUGGUGUGCAUGGCCGGCGGGCAGGGAGGUCUGAGGAGCGGGCCAGCGGCUAAUGAAGCCUGGAGCUCCGCCUACGCCAUGUUGGAGGAGGGUGACCUGAGGGGCGGAGUCCACGCACUCACCGUGCAGCGGCAGCGCUGGCUCAGCAGGCCUGAUCUGCUGGUGCGGGCGGCGCGGCACUACGAAGGCGCCGGACAGGUGCUGUUACGGAAGGCUGUGAUGUCAUCUCAGAGAUUCAUCUCCAUUGGACAGGGCAAAGUCCAGCCCCUUGGACAGUGGCAGGAAGUGGAGUGUCCAGCUCGGCUGGAUUUAGCAGGCGGCUGGAGUGACACUCCACCAAUCGCAUUCGAGCACGGGGGCUCCGUCACAAACGUCGCGGUGAAGGUCGACGGGAAGCGUCCUAUUGGUGCUAGAGCACGUCGCAUCUCCGAGCCCCGCCUCCUGCUGGUCAGCUACACUGGAGGGCGGAGCAGUGGGAUUUCCACGGAGACGGCAUGCGACAGCCUGGAUGACCUGACGGAUUACAGUCAGCCUCACGCUCCCGGAGCGCUGCUGAAGGCGGUGUGUGUCUGUAGUGGGCUGGUGUCCCUGACCUCCCAGCAUCCUCUGGGGCAUCAGCUGAUGGAGCGGUGGGGAGGAGGGGUGGAGCUCCACAGCUGGUCGGAGCUGCCGACGGGAUCGGGAUUGGGUACCAGCAGCAUCCUGGCGGGGGCGCUGUUGGCCGCGGUGUACAGGUGUACCAGGCGAACCUACGACACGGACUCCCUGAUCCACGCCGUUUUGUACCUGGAGCAGAUUCUUACCACAGGUGGAGGCUGGCAGGAUCAGGUGGGCGGUCUGGUAGGCGGAGUAAAGGUGGGUCGAUCCAGAGCAUCCCUCCCCCUGCAGGUGCAGGUGCAGCGUCUCAGUCUUCCUGAGGAGUUCUCGCUUGCUCUGGAGCAGCACCUCCUGCUGGUCUACACCGGGAAGACCCGGCUGGCCCGAAAUCUGCUGCAGGAUGUGGUCCGCAGCUGGUACAGCCGCCUGCCGUCGAUGGUGCAGAACGCCCAGCAGCUGGUGUGUAAUUCAGAGGAGUGCGCUCGGGCCUGCGUGGACGGUUCUCUGUCCAGGCUGGGGGAGUGUCUGGACCGCUCAUGGCAGCAGAAGAAGCUGAUGGCCCCGGGCUGCGAGCCAGCGUCAGUGCGCGCUAUGAUGGAGGCCCUGAGGCCGCUGGUCCUGGGCCAGAGUCUGGCCGGGGCCGGUGGCGGCGGCUUCCUUUACUUGCUGACUCGAGAGCCCCGACAGCGGGAGGCGGUGCUGCAGGUCCUCAACAACAUGCCGGGUCUGGGAGACUUCAGCGUCCACUCUGUGGAGCUGGACAUGGACGGACUCACAGUCCUUGCGCCGUUAACCUGAGAACGCUGAUCGUUCCUCGGCUUCAAUCACGAACAGUGAUGAAGAGGAGACAAAGAAGAGCUGUGUUUAACGUUUGUUCUGGUUUUGUAGGAAUCUGAUUUUAUUAAUCAAACUGAUUAAUCAGGAGCAUUGAUCUGUAUCUUGACAGCAUAAAUAAAAGCUCAGUUUUGGACUGUUUGA